AUGGCUAAAGCUACUUCAACACUUCUGCUGCUAGGCUUCGCCGUCCUGGCCAGUGCGGAGCCACUGCGUCAGAGAUUUGUGCCGCGACGUGGCCUCGCACGGCAGGAGCAGGCGCCACCAAGUCCUGCGCCCACCGGCUACCCAGAGGCUGGCAUCACUCCCGAAGUGCCCUUUGAGCUGCCAAGCUCCACUGCACAGCCGGAAGUGAAGUAUCUGCCUCCAGAUAAUACCUAUGGACCACCGGACAGCGUCUAUGGGCCACCCACCAGUGGGGAUGAUCAGCCACAACCAGACGAUUUACCCGAACCCCAGCCGGAGCCCGAGCAGCCCAUCGAAACGGACGACAUACCAGAAGAGGAGACUCCUGUUGAUGCGAAGCAACAGCCCGACGCAGAUGCGGAUGAGGAGGAAGUGCUUGUGGCCGAGGAUGGUACCGUGAUCGCUGUCUCCACGACCCUCGAUCAGCCCGAGGAUAAGAAGUCCGCCAGAAUCUAUCAACGCUUCCCACAGGCUCGCCGCAGGCAGGCGCCAGUGCCGGAGCGCCUGGUGCUGCGCCGUAGCUGGUAAAAUUGUAAUCUAAGUCAUGUAAAAGCUAUUAAUAAAGUUGGCCAUAGCCACAUAA